GCCCAUUUUCUGUUUUGAUAAGACGAAUUUGCUUCAGCUGAAGCACAAGUUGGAUACUCGCAAGCAUUACUGGAUCCCAUUGGACGAAACGUGUCUUCGAUGGUCACGUAUACCGCAAUUACAAAUUGUUGAAUUGGCUUUUCUUUGCAUGUCUGCACAGGAUGUGAACGGUUUUCAGGAGAUCUACAAUUCCAAAUUUGAAGUCAAAGCAGCUGAUGAUAAUGGUGACUUCGGCAGUUGCAAUACCUAUGCUCUUGAUGUCUCUCCUACUGAAAGUAUGUUUCUAUUUCUUUCCAACUAA